CGGAACACCUCGGCUCCUCUACGGCGUGUGCGGUGCCGGCGGAGGGGUGCUCUUCCGGGCCGCUCUUCGGGGCCGCUCUCCGGGGCCGCAGUUAGCGGGUCCCGACGCUCGGCCGCACUUCUUGUCCACGCGGGCUUCCCUCUGCCGGUGUUCUGGUGCUGCGUAGACCCGGUGGCUGUCCGGGAUGCCGGCUGUGGAGCGUGUGUGCUGAGUACUGUCCAGAGGAAGCGGUGAUUUAGAAAUCGAGUUCUUCACAUUUCUUCAAAAUGAAUGUUACUGUCCGAUUCUCAAGACCUUUUGCCAGAUUAAUGUUGCCAUUUACCAUUCAUAGGAAGAGAAGGAAUUUAUAUUCAACAGUUCUGCAGAGAUACAUGUCUUCCAAAGCAUCUUCUUUGUCCUGUCAUAAUAAGGACAGUACGUCCCCUCCAGAACAGCUAGAAUUGGAUAGGUGGAAAACUACAAUGAAAUCUAGCAUUCAAGAAGAUGGUGUCUCAAUGGCCUCAGACAAAGGCGAAGAUCCUCUAGCUGCCACCAGAGAAUUAAUUGAGAUGUGGAGAUUGCUUGGCAGACCAGUACCAGAAUGUAUCACUGAAGAAGAACUCAAAACCCUUAUGGAAUGUGCUUCUAAAUCAGCCCAAAAAAAAUACUUAAAGUUUUUGUAUGGUAAAGAAAUAAAGAAAAAAGCUGAGCAAAUAAAGAAGGAAAUGAAAGCAGAGGUCCGGGAAGAAGCAAAAAAGGCCAGGUUGCUAGAAACCACCAAGGGUAAAGAAAAACAGGACUUUAUGUUUCUUCGACUCUGGGACCGGCAGAUGAACAUUGCAUUGGGCUGGAAGGGCGUCCAGGCUAUGCAGUUUGGACAGCCUUUGGUUUUUGACAUGGAUUAUGAAAAUUUUAUGAAACCAGUUGAACUGCAGAAUACUGUUUCUCAACUUCUAGAAAGUGAAGGGUGGAACAGAAAAAAUAUUGAUCCUUUCCACAUUUAUUUCUGCAAUCUUAAACUAGAUAGUGCUUAUCAUAGACACUUAGUUAAACGUUACAGUGGAAAGUGGGACAAAUUGCUCCUAACAGCAACAGAAAAGUCUCCCGUCGAUGUAUUUCCAAAGGACAGUAUUAUAUAUUUAACUGCAGAUUCUCCUAAUGUUAUGACUACCUUCAAGCAUGAUAAAAUUUAUAUAAUUGGAUCACUUGUUGAUAAAAGUAUACAGACAGGCAUAUCCCUGGCCAAGGCAAAACGGCUAAAUCUAGCCACAGAACGUCUUCCACUGGAUAAAUAUUUACAGUGGGAUAUCGGUAACAAAAACCUCACCUUAGAUCAAAUGAUCCGUAUUUUACUCUGCAUGAAAAACACUGGUAACUGGGAAGAGGCUCUGAAGUUUGUUCCUAGGAGAAAGCACACUGGCUAUUUGGAGGUCACUCAGCAUUCUCAGGAGGAUUUUACGAAGCUGAAGAAGACAAAGACACGGUCGUUUCUAGAAGGCUCCUUAAAUGUACGCACACGGAAAAGGUGACCUAAAAGAAAAUUUAAUAGUGUAAGACAUAAAUAGAUUGGAAAUAUAGUUCAAGUAAGGUAUUUCUAAACGGAAUUGUAUUUUAAAAGUAGUCUUUCCAGACAGUUUUGUCUUUUUCUAAUUUAAGUAUCUGGGAAACUUUGAAAGUAUAUUUUAUUUGUUGUAGGAACAAUCAGAAAUUAUAGAUUAAUCUAGAAUUGAACACAAUAAAAGUUAUA